AUGAGGCUGCUGCUUUUUCUCACCUUGACCCUCUUUGUGGGUUGCCACUGCAAGAGGGAUUCCCUCACCCGCAGGCCGCACAAGCCCCAGGUGGAGCUGAAGAAAGACAACUUCUGGGACUACAUCACCAAGAUCCUCAACACCAAUGGAGCCGCCUUGAAGAACCUCGGACACGUGGAAUUUGGACAGGAGAUCAGCACCAAGGUGUCCGAGACCGCAGACGCCAUCAACCAGUACAUGGACAAUCUCCAGGGGCAGGUGACGCCGCUGACGGAGGAGCUGCUGGCCAAGCUCUCCCAGGAGGCCGAGCAGCUGAAGGGGCGUCUGGAGAAGGACCUGAAGGCCAUCCAGAGCCACCUGGAGCCCUACGCCGAGGAGCUCAGGAUGGAGAUGGAACGAAAGGUGGAGGAGCUGAGGAAGGACGUGCGCCCCCACCGCGAGCACCUGGAGGCCGAGGCCCUGAGGGCGUCCGUCAUCGAGUCGGCCGAGAAGGUGCGCAGCGGCCUGGAGAAGAACAUCGCCCAGCUGCAGACCCAGCUGGAGGCCGAGGCCAACGAGAUGAAGACCACCAUGGACAAGUACCUGCAGGAGCUGAGGGCGAGCACGGAGCCCGUGGUGGAGGACCUGAGAAGCCAGAUGAGCGAGGCGGGCCUGAGCUUCCAGAAGAGCGUGGUCAGCCUCGGCACCGAGCUGGGCCAGAACCUCAAGAAGCAGCUCACAGUCCUUUGGAAGAGCCUGGCCAAGAACCUCAGCUAG